AUGAUAUCUCUACUUCUCGUAGUUUUCAUACUACAAGUCGUAAUCUACCUCAUCAACACAAUCGGCGCAAAUACUGUGAAUGAGCUUGCAUGGCUGAUAUACAGCAAGCUCCCUACCAGCACGGCGCACGCGGCACAACAGAAUGCGAAACUCAAGGGUGAGGUAGUGCGACUGAAGAAAGAGAUGAACGGAGUGAGCGCACAAGACAACUUCUCCAAGUGGGCGAAGCUGCGAAGACAGCAUGAUAAAGCACUGUCUGACUUUGAGAAGAGUGACAGCUCUAUUCGCGCUUUCAAGACAAAGUUUGAUACUGCAGUCAAGACCUUUAGAUGGGUCAGCACAUCUGGUCUCCGCUUCUUUCUACAAUUUUGGUAUUCGAAGCAACCGCUCUUCUGGAUUCCACAAGGAUGGCUUCCAUACUAUGUGGAGUGGCUUUUGUCUUUCCCACGAGCUCCACUCGGCAGCAUAAGCAUACAGAUUUGGGGAAUGGCGUGCGUCAGCAUCGUCACAAUGUCAGGAGAAGCAUUGAAAGCUAUUUACGUGCUAGCCACAGAGCAGGCAGCCGAUCAGAAGAAUACCUCUAAAGGUAGGCCACAGGCGGUGCCAAUGCAGACAUCUCGCCCAGGACCAAAAGGCGAGAAGGAGUUAUAG